AUGAAGUACGUGCUGGUGACUGGUGGAGUGGUGAGCGGACUCGGGAAGGGCGUGACGGCCAGCAGCAUCGGCGUCCUGCUCAAGUCCUGCGGCUUCCGCGUCACCUCCAUCAAGAUCGAUCCAUACCUUAACACCGAUGCCGGAACCAUGUCUCCGUUCGAGCACGGCGAAGUGUUUGUUUUGGACGACGGUGGUGAGGUGGACUUGGACCUUGGAAACUACGAACGAUUUCUGGACAUCAAGUUGACUCGUGACAACAACAUAACCACGGGGAAGAUCUACCAGUCUGUCAUUGACAAGGAGCGUAGAGGAGAUUACCUAGGAAAAACUGUCCAGGUUGUGCCGCACAUCACAGAUGAAAUACAAGAGUGGAUCGAAUGUGUGGCAAUGAAUCCAGUUGAUGGCACAGAAGAGCCAGCUGAUGUUUGUGUCAUAGAACUUGGUGGCACUCUAGGGGACAUUGAAUCAAUGCCUUUCAUUGAAGCAUUAGGUCAAUUUUCAUACCGUGUAGGGCCUGGAAACUUCUGCUUGGUGCAUGUUAGUCUUGUGCCAGUUCUAAAUGUAGUUGGUGAGCAGAAAACAAAGCCAACCCAACAUAGUGUUCGUGGACUUAGAGGACUUGGACUCAUGCCUGAUAUUUUGGCAUGUCGUAGUACACAGCCACUUGAAGAACAUGUGAAAGUGAAGCUCGCACAAUUUUGUCAUGUUCCGCUACCAAAUAUCAUUAAUCUCCAUGAUGUCACGAACAUUUGGCACAUCCCUUUGUUGCUCAGAGAUCAGAAGGCCCAUGAAGCUAUUUUGAAAGUGUUAGACCUUCAGUGUGUGGGUAAAGUUGCUCGAGAACCCCAAUUGUCUGAAUGGACUGAAAGAGCCAGCAGAUGUGACAGAUUGAAAACUCCGGUUAGGAUUGCUAUGGUUGGAAAGUAUACUGGCUUGUCAGAUUCCUACCUAUCUGUUAUCAAGGCUCUUUUGCAUGCGUCGGUUGCUUUGGACAGGAAACUUGUGGUGGACUGGGUUCCUUCCUGUGAUCUUGAAGAUUCUACAGCAGAAGAGACUCCUGAUGCCUAUGAAAAAGCAUGGGAGUUGCUAAAGGGUGCAGAUGGUGUGUUGGUGCCAGGAGGUUUUGGAGACAGAGGAGUCCAAGGGAAAAUUCUUGCUGCAAAAUACGCGCGAGAAAAGAACAUUCCUUAUCUUGGCAUUUGCUUGGGCAUGCAAAUUGCAGUGAUUGAGUUUGCACGUUCUAUCAUGAAGUUGCAUGGUGCUAACAGCACGGAGUUUGAUCCAACCACAAAAACACCAUGUGUUAUUUUCAUGCCAGAGGGAUCCAAAACCCAUAUGGGGGCAACAAUGCGCCUUGGAUCAAGGAGGACCUUUUUCCAGGUCACUAACUGCAAAUCUGCUAAACUGUAUGGCAAUGCUAGCUACGUUGAUGAAAGGCACCGCCACAGAUACGAGGUCAAUCCUGAUAUGGUCCCAGAAUUUGAGAAAGCAGGGCUUUCUUUCGUUGGCAGGGAUGAAAGCGGUAAACGCAUGGAGAUUAUCGAACUACCAACUCAUAGGUUUUUCGUUGGUGUACAAUUUCACCCUGAAUUCAAGUCAAGGCCUGGCAAGCCAUCUCCGCUUUUCUUAGGAUUGAUAGCAGCUUCAUCAGGUCAGCUUGAUCAACGUGGCGUUAUUAUCAGUUCAACAGGCAGAAAGCUAAAAGCCACUGAAGGAGCACCGAAGCUAAAAGCUUACCAGAAUGGGCACCUCAUGAAGCCACUGAACGGCCUGGUGAACGGGCACUAUUCAACAACCGGCAAUGGUGCUAUUCCCAUCUAG